AUGACAAGAACAAUAUUAGGAUUUGUUGCACGGCCCAAUAAAUCUGCUGCUGAAAAUCACUGCUGUACUUUUUGUCCAGAUAUUUUUCAAGAUGGGUUAGCACUCCAAACUCAUAUCAAAGAAAUUCAUGGGGGCACAAUGCCCUAUGUGUGCAAACAAUGUGGCAAGGGCUACCAAAGUCCCUCUGGACUAUAUUAUCAUACACAAGCCUCUCAUGAGAUGAGAGCCUUCUUGUGUCCGAUCUGUGAUGCCCGUUUUACAAGAAAAGGCUCAAUCAAAUCGCAUUUGAUGGGGCAGAAAAUAAAUAGACAUCAAGGACAUAGGCAGAAAAUAAAUAGACGUCAAGGACGUAGACACCGUCCACCUUUGAAAUAUAUGGGAUAUGUUGCCAAUUUCGACUCUAGUAGAAAUGUGAAACCUACAAGUUUCACUCAGGGUCAGAUCUCAUGUUCUCAUUGCUCUGAAGUGUUUACAGACCAUUCUUGCAUGAGAAGCCAUUUUUCCAAAGUUCAUGGUUAUCUUAUGCCUUUCUCAUGUACUCUGUGUGGUAAAGGCUACCAGACUGCCAUGGGACUCCGUUAUCAUAUGCAGGCUCACCAAGGACAAAUUUUUGCUUGUCCUAUUUGCCAGUGCAAACUGACUAGAAAGUUCUCUGUCAAGACACAUCUUCGCAAAGUCCACAACUCUGUUGAAUGUCUCUCGUGCUCUGGUAUAUUUGCCCAGGGGGGAAAGGGCAAUAAUCAUUAUGAGACAAAUUUCGGAGUGAAUAAUCCAUCAGCAAGUUCAUCAAUCUUACUUCAGCCCCUGUCUAAGUCUCAGAACAUUUCUACAGAUGUUUCAUGCCCACACUGCUUUGAUAAUUUUGCAAGUCCAACUUAUCUCAACAAGCACAUAUUUAAAUAUCACGCAGAUAACACAGCACCUUUGAUAUGCUCACUGUGUAGGAAAGGUUAUCAGACAGCUAGAGGCUUGGCCCAUCAUAUGCAGUCUCACAAAGGAAAAACAUUUAUGUGUCCAGUGUGUGAUGCCAAGUUUACUCACAAGUUCUCUAUUAAAACUCAUCUAAGACAGGUCCACUUCUCAGCACGCUGUGUUGCAUAUGUGUUGAGCAGUCCAAAAGAAAGAUUGCCCCAAAGAACUGGAGCAGCUUAUGGAGCUACACAAUCCCCAGGAUGUUCUAAAUGUCUUUAUUGUAAAGAAAGCGUGCCAAUGUCACAAUACAGAGUGCACAUGAGGGAAUAUCACCACAACUGCAUGCCUUAUUACUGUUCUCUAUGUGGAAAAGGUCAAACUUCAAAGAAAAGAGUAUUCCCAUAUGAUGUAGGAAGAAAUACACUAGGCACACCAAGAGCCAGUAAAGGAACAAAAACUGUGUUACAAGCUACUUACAUCAAAGAUGAUGAAUAUCUGUCGCAAUUAAUUACUUUGACUUGCCCUUAUUGCCCAGCAGCAUUGAGCAAAAGUGGAUUAAGUCAGCAUCAGCGACCUUGUAAUUCAAUGAAGAGGACCACCUUACCAACAACUAGUAAAUUUAAGAAAGAUUUUCAAUCAUGUGAUACAUCUGCUGGCAGCAAUCCCAUUAAAAAAACUCAAGUGUCACAAAGCUAUUCCUCUUCGGCUGACCAGUUGUGUGAUUCAGAUUUGCAUGCACUAAAUUUGCCUUACAGUUAUGCAGCUAGAAAAGAUCAUGGUCAAAGACAUUACUUACAUUAUGAAAGCACAAAGCAGAGAUCUGAACCACGAAGUCUUCCAAGGGGUGUGGUGCUAGGCAGUAACUUAUCAGGACAGACUGAAACCUGUCCUAUUUGUUACCAAAUAUUGCCCAUGGAAUAUUUGAAGGCUCACAUUUCAAGAAAUCAUGGUUCAACCAUGGCUUUUUCAUGCUAUCUUUGUGGCAGAGGCUAUCAGAGCCAAGCUGGACUAAGCAAUCACAUGGAUGUUCAUCAAGGGAAAACAGUGCUGUGUCCUGUUUGUGACAAUAAAUUCUCUCGUAACUUCACUCUGAAAAGACACUUGAAAGUUGUUCAUAAAUCUGCCCAGUGCCCGACAUGUUAUAUUGUGCUCAACAUUGGUCCAGCCUUUAAUGAACAUGUUCUUACUUGGGACACUACAAAUAUCAGUUUCACUUCAGCAGAUGGUUUUCGAAAAAUGCCAUUGAAAGACAAGAAUAAAUCAGUUGGACGUCCACACUUCAUAAAUCAGCAGAUACCUAUGAUCCCCAAUGCAAUUCAUUGUUAUUACUGCCCAGAGACAUUCUUUAUUAAGCAUGAUCUAAAAGUACAUCUUUCUCAGUUUCAUGGAAAAAGGAGACUUGGUCAUCAUGAUUUUAAUUAUCCAGUCUCAUCUAAUGAAUAUCCUCAACAAUUCUCCCAGUAUAUCCAUCUGAAAGAUAAGCCUUCCUCUAUCUUAAAUGGAGAAUGCCCACAUUGCCAUAAGGUGAUGGCUCAAAGUGCUAUCAAACAGCAUGUCUCAUCAUUUCACCAGUAUGAAAUGCCAUUCAGUUGCACUCUUUGUGGAAAAGGCUUUCUAACAUCUUCAGGCUUAAGUAACCACUUGCAAGCUCAUGAAGGAAGAAAAUUUAUGUGCCCCAUCUGUGAUUUCAAAUUCAAACAAAAAGGACAUUUAAAGACCCAUCUCAAGAGUAUUCAUAAAUUAGCACAAUGUCCUACUUGCUCAGAGACAUUUAGUGUUGAACCUGUGGAACAACAAGACAGCAGAGCAUUUCAACAUGUGCAGCAGCAUUCAUUGAAGGCACCAUUUUCAGCAUCCUCAAAUUUAAUUUCAUUCCCUCCUUUUGACUCUUCUUUUACUUCGGCACCUGUGAGAUGUGUACAAUGUGGGGUGGAGUUUUACACUUUGGCUUCCUAUCGGUGGCACAUGUCACAUUAUCAUCUUCGGUUUAACUGUUCCAUCUGUGGUAAAGCAUUUAGGAGUCGAGGUGGUCUAGGCUUUCACAUGGAGGCUCACAGGGGGCGUAAUUUUGUGUGUCCUAUUUGUGAGUUUAGGUUUAAGCACAAGCACCACUUAAAAGAUCAUGUGACCAAUGUCCAUAAAAUGAUGCUGUGUACUGUCUGCUGCACAUUUAAUACCUUUGAAUCUGAUCUUUACAACAGUCAUUUGAAAGCUUAUAAUGAGAAAUACAAGGAUCUGAUUUAUGGGAUGAGCGCAUCAAAGCAGCAUUUCUCUUCAAGCUCCCUACCUAAGACAGCUACAAAUUUCUCUUCUCAAAUGGCUUCUCCUCUCCCUCAAGAAAGUCAUCCUGGUACCAUGUUAAACCCAGACAAUCCCUCAUUGAAGCAGCUGCUUUUAGACUCAAACAUGGCAACCACUUGCCCAGUCUGUAGUGUUCCCAUAGAGUCUAGAAUUUUGUAUCAGAAACAUAUGAACUCUGAGCACAGAGGAGCUGGUUAUCUUCCUUUUGUUUGUCAACUUUGUCUCAUGGGAUUUUUCUCUGCCAGUGGUCUUCAGAAACAUACUGAGGCACAUGCGGGUAAAAGGUUUGUAUGUCAGCUGUGCCAUGGCAAGUUCACCCACAAACAUCAUCUAAAAAGACAUUCGUUAAAUGUACACGGGGUUGUUAUUUCUGACUAG